AUGACAGACGGCACUGGUUUCGUUCUUUCCGAUUUUUAUGGCGUUAAUGAUUCAAUUCCCGAAGUUCCUGGCGACACCAGAAGCGACGCGAAAAAGACUGUUCUCCUGACAACUCAACUUGCAGUCGCUACCUCGAUUGGACUUCUUUCCUUUCUUCUAUUUUGUUUUUUGAGACCGCGAUGGAGUGCGUUGUUUGCUCCUCGAACCAGACUCAAAGGAAAUAUUGACAGCCUAGCCCCAGAUUUAAUCCCAGACACAUUUUUCGGCUGGGUAUUACCGUUACUUCGAAUUCCAGAAUCAGAGGUUUUGGAUCGCGUAGGAUUGGACGCUGCAGUGCUUCUUGGAUUCUUUAAAAUGUCCUACAAGCUUUUUACUUUCUGCUGCGUAUUCGCACUACUAAUAACAAGUCCUAUAAAAAUAUACGACUACACCAGACGACGAAAAAACGGGAAAAACUUUUUUGACGACGAACCCAUAAGCAUCCCCGAUGAACAGAACCCUUUGCAAAUAAUUUCAUACGCACUCUUCACAUGGACGUUUUCGCUGGCGUCGUUCUAUUUUCUGUAUUACAAUUACCGAGCAUUCAUCGAUGUUCAUCGGCAAUACUAUCUGAAAUUUAAAGAUACACUAGUGGCGAGAACUGUGAUGGUCACUGUUCUUCCUAAGGAACUGCAAUCGGAUCGUGAACUCGCAGAAUUCUACGAGUCUUUAGGAGUCGGAAGUGUUGAGAGUGCUGUUGUUUGUCGUCAUGUACGGAAAUUGAAGCACGCAAUCGAGAGAAGAACACAUUAUUUGGAGAAAUUGGAAAAAGCGUAUGUUGACUGGUUAGGGAACCCGUGCACAGAUCCGAAUUACGACGAAGAUAAGAUGUUGGAAGAGAUUGAGGGUGCGUUGCCGAGUGUGCCUAGUGAUAGAGAGGACGGGAGGUUGUUAGAGUCGGGAGAUGUGCUGUCGAAAAUUCAAAAUCCUCGUCCGACUUUUCGUGAUGGACUUUUUCAUAUUUUUGGCAAGAAGGUUGAUAAGAUUGAGUAUUAUACCAGAAAGCUUCAGUAUUAUGACAAUUUAGUUGAACAAGGUAGGCAUGGAAGGUAUCUGCCUACCUCUGUUGGAUUUGUCACCUUUGAGGAUUUUUCGAGUGCACAACUUGCAGCUCAGACACUUAUUCAUCCUGAGCCAUCCCAUUGUAACACAACUCUUGCACCUGAACCACGCGACGUAUACUGGGAGAACAUCAACUUCCGCGAACGAGAACUAGUAGUCCGCAAUGUCAUCGUUAACAUCAUACUGAUAUUUCUUGUGUUUUUCUGGUCCGGUCCGAUCUCAGUUUUUGCAUCACUCCUCAGUCUUGACACCCUGAAAAAAGUGUUUCCCUGGCUGGCAGAUUUGGCGGAUAAAAACGAAAUUUUAAAGGGUUUGAUUCAAGGGUCGUUGCCGACUUUGGCCGUUUCGUUCUCGCAAAAAGACAAGGCCUUCAAGCCCGAAGCUAUAUCGAGUUAUCUACACUAUCGAAAUAUCCUCACUGAUCCAACAAAAAUAGCAAAGGUUCUUGCGACGACAUUACCAACUGUCUCACCAUUUUUUGUAAACUUUGUAAUCCUCGAAGGCAUUGGUCUCUAUCCCCUACAACUAUUGCAAUUCGGCGACGUUGUAAGCACAUUAACGAAACGCCUGUUCAUUGCCAAAACCCCACGAGAAUAUGCUGAGGCGAGUACACCCCCAUUCCUGAACUACGGAAUUGCGUAUCCGCGCGCGGUUUUGAUCUGGGUGAUUAUUUUGGUAUAUUCGGCGAUUAGUCCGGUAAUUUUGUUUUUUGGCGCCGUGUAUUUCUUCUUCGGGUAUUUUACGUUCAAGUAUUUGUUGCUUUAUGUCUAUUUUCAUCCAUACGAGUCUGCUGGUCAAGCGUGGCCUUUGAUAUUUCGUCGAGUGAUUGUUGGGCUUGUGAUUUUUCAAUUAAUGAUGACAGGGUUUUUGGCACUCCAACAAGAUUUUUGGUUAGCAGGCUCUAUAAUUCCUUUAUUGAUGAUGACUGGGGUGUUUGCAACGUAUGUGAGUUUGGCAUUUAAAAAGAGCUGCGAGUUUCUUCCACUAAAGAUGAUUCGUGAGAAGCAGAAAAAGCUGCAGACAAGUGCUGAAAAUACGGAAGAAGAUCUUAAUACAACUACUACAGCUCCACCGAAUCAAUCAACAAUUGAACCGCCACACACAGAAUCCCAAAACAUAAAUAACGACGAAACAGUCGUCCAAUCAUCGUCUGCGUCUUUCUCUGCACAUAAACAUCGAGAAAUUUUAGACGAUGACUUGUACCAAGCUGAGUCUGAUCUAUACACAGAUUACACACAACCCCCGAUGACGUUAUACCCUGGAAUAUUGAACACUGGGAUGAGGCGGUACGGACCUCCCGCGUUGGUAGGGAUACUUCCGUGGGUGUGGCUUCCUGUAAAAAGAAACGAAUCCGAUAUCAAAAGUACCCCAGGAUUUUUCCGUGGGCUUUUGGGUAUGCACAAGAAAGGCGAAAAACCAAGUUCUACCGAAGGGGAAGAAGAAACAUCGGCAGAUCUUGAGAGUAGUAGUAAUCUCCGACGAAAAAAUAGUCAGGUUCGUGCUGAUGAAGCGGCUCGAGAUUAUCCAAAUAAUCCUCAUAAAACAUAUUAUCAUCAUCCGGAACGACGCAAGACCAAACAAGUAGCCUCGAGAAUUCGUCCUAUACUCGAGGAUUCUAAUGAUGGUACCAGCGCCUCCCGAGAACCAAUUGUCGGCAGCCCGAUAACUGGUUCUUUUGACAAUGUUGAAGCUUCUUCACCAUCUCGUCCGACACCGUUGAGGCAGACGUCGUCGCGGCGGGUUAGUCAGUAUUUGGAGAAUUGGGCUGGAAAUAAUUUUGGUGGGGAGAGUAUGGGUGAUGAAAGUGUUGAAAAUAGUAAUUCGUGA